AUGUUCAUUUUGUCUAGCGGUUGCAUGUUACGUGCAAGCUUACGAAUCUGGUUGAGUUCUUGUUGCGGUCACCUUCGCCUGACAGGGCCGUUAUGUGAAGAUCGUCAUACAAAAAGUCAAUGCGUUCAAAAAUAUAGCAAGCAAUACCCCAAAACAUGCUCUAAAAAUCAAAUUCUUACUUUUUACACACAAGUUCGUUUCAAGAAAGAUUAUCCACGUCUCCACCGUGAUACAGAAUUUCCAAAUUUUGAUUAUUAUAGAAAAGAUGACUUCAAAGACAUCAGCAGAACAGCCUGGGGUGCUGGCGGUCAAAAGCAGGGAAUCACCUAUACGGUUGGUUUCUUUGGAUUACUCGCAGCAAUGUAUGGAGUAAAAUCGGAAUUGACUCAUUUUAUUACAUAUAUGGCUGCCCCAGCUGACGUCCUUGCGUUGGCUACGAUUGAAGUCGAUAUAUCAAAUAUCCCGCCAGGAAUCUGCGUUUCAUACAAGUGGCGGGGAAAGCCCCUUUUUAUUAAACAUAGAACUGAAAAUGAAAUCAACGUCGAGGCUAAUACACCGUUAUCAUUACUCAGGGACCCCCAAACGCCUGAACAGCGCAUGGUAAAGCAAGAGUGGUUGGUAGUAAUAGGAAUAUGUACGCAUUUAGGUUGUGUGCCUAUACCAAAUACUGGCGAUUACGUUGGAGGAUUUUAUUGUCCAUGUCAUGGAAGCCACUACGAUAAUGCGGGUAGAACAAGAAGAGGUCCAGCUCCGUUAAACUUGGAAGUUCCUGUCCACAAAUUUAUCUCGGAUACUCAACUUUUAGUUGGCGACUAG